AUGAAAAAGGUACCUGCUCAAUGGCGUCACUACAUAACUAAUCAACCCUUAAAUCAUCCUACUCAUCAUCCAAAAUUAUAUUAUCCAAGAAAUUGUCCUAAUGAUAAAGUAACAUCAUGUGCAAAACCAAUACCAUCGUUCAUUUUUGCAGGAUCAGAAUGGGCAGGCGCAUCUUUUGUAUUUCGAAUUUUGAAGGAUCAUCCACAAGUUAUUAGUGCAAUUGACAAUAGUGAUAAACCCACUAUUUUCUUGGAUAAAGAAGAAACAGAAAAUUGGGAUGAAGCGACUUCUUCUAAUGUUUUGUUUGAGACUUAUCUUUCACAGUUCCCAUUUUUAGAGCAGAAUAGAAGCAAUAAUAAAAAUUGGAUUGUUGGUGAAAAUGCUCCACAAUAUCUUUAUAAGAGUCAUUUAACAGCAAAAAGAAUUAAAGAAAUUCUACCUAAUGUCAAACUUGUUUUCUUUUUAAAUGAUCCUAUUUCAAGAGCAUAUUCACAGUAUUUACAUGAAAAUUCAAAUUUAGGUUUAUCAUUCGAAGCCUUGAUUGAUUUAGAAUUGCCUAUUUUACAUCGCUGUGGGCAUACGAAUGUUGAAUGGGAAAAAUUUGUCAGAUGUCACGAAGGAAGUGAAAUUAGGGCUGCAUGGAAAGUAAAAGGAUCAAAUGAAACACACGCAUUUAAUUUGCUUGCAAAAGGAAUGUAUUAUCCAGCCUUAAUUCCUUUCUUGGAACGAUUUCCUCCUUCUCAACUAUUUAUCAUUCGAACUGAAGAUAUUUUAUUAAAACGUUUAGCCAUUUUUGAAAAAUUAGCAAGAUUCUUAGAAAUUGAUGCAGACUAUUUUAUCAACAAUUGGCACUAUUUAAUUCAAGAAGAAUUCCCUUAUUCUCCAUUAAACAAACAACAACAAGAUAUUAUAAACAAAGAAAAACCUAAGCUUUCUAUAAGGUAUCGACUUGAAAAAGUAUAUCGAGAUCUUAAUAAUCGUUUGAUUGAAAUAUUUGAUCCCUCCACAGCACAUUUUAAUGGCUGGAUUUAUGACGUUGAUCGAGGUUAA